AUGAAGCAAACGAGACAGCCUCUUCCUCCUUCGUCAGUCCCAAGGACAGCUCGAACAUGCCGCUGGAGAAAGAUUGCCGGCAGCAAGACGCUCUACCAGCACGCUGGCGGAGAUGACGGAGAAGGCGGAGGUCUGAGGAAAGACUCUAGAAGGACUGGAGAAGAGCUCGACCAGUGGGCCAUAUCUUGA